GGUAUGGCAUCACAGCUGCAGGUGUUUUCCCCCCCAUCAGUGUCGUCGAGUGCCUUCUGCAGUGCAAAGAAACUGAAAAUAGAGCCUUCUGGUUGGGAUGUUUCUGGACAGAGCAGCAACGACAAAUACUAUACCCACAGCAAAACCCUCCCAGCCACACAAGGGCAAGCCAACUCUUCUCACCAGGUAGCAAAUUUCAACAUCCCUGCUUACGACCAGGGCCUCCUCCUCCCAGCUCCUGCAGUGGAGCAUAUUGUUGUAACAGCUGCUGAUAGCUCUGCCAGUGCUGCUACAUCAACCUUCCAAAGCAGCCAGACCCUGACUCACAGAAGCAACGUUUCUUUGCUUGAGCCAUAUCAAAAAUGUGGAUUGAAAAGAAAAAGUGAGGAAGUUGACAGCAACGGUAGCGUGCAAAUCAUAGAAGAACAUCCCCCUCUCAUGCUGCAAAACAGGACUGUGGUGGGUGCUGCUGCCACGACCACCACUGUGACCACGAAGAGUAGCAGUUCCAGUGGAGAAGGGGAUUACCAGCUGGUCCAGCAUGAGAUCCUUUGCUCUAUGACAAACAGCUAUGAAGUCUUGGAGUUCUUAGGCCGGGGAACAUUUGGACAGGUGGCUAAGUGCUGGAAGCGGAGCACCAAGGAAAUUGUGGCUAUUAAAAUCUUGAAGAACCACCCCUCCUAUGCCAGACAAGGACAGAUUGAAGUGAGCAUCCUUUCCCGCCUAAGCAGUGAAAAUGCCGAUGAGUAUAAUUUUGUCCGUUCUUAUGAGUGCUUUCAGCAUAAGAAUCAUACCUGCCUUGUGUUCGAGAUGCUGGAGCAGAACUUAUAUGAUUUUCUAAAGCAGAACAAGUUUAGCCCACUGCCACUCAAGUACAUCAGACCAAUCUUGCAGCAGGUGGCCACAGCCCUGAUGAAGCUCAAGAGCCUUGGUCUAAUUCACGCUGACCUUAAGCCUGAAAACAUAAUGCUGGUCGAUCCAGUGCGCCAACCCUACCGAGUGAAGGUCAUUGACUUUGGUUCUGCUAGUCACGUUUCCAAAGCUGUGUGCUCAACCUACUUACAGUCACGUUACUACAGAGCCCCUGAAAUUAUUCUUGGAUUACCAUUUUGUGAAGCUAUUGAUAUGUGGUCAUUGGGCUGUGUGAUAGCUGAGCUGUUCCUGGGGUGGCCUCUUUAUCCUGGUGCUUCAGAAUAUGAUCAGAUUCGUUACAUUUCACAAACACAAGGCCUGCCAGCUGAAUAUCUUCUCAGUGCCGGAACAAAAACAACCAGGUUUUUCAACAGAGAUCCUAAUUUGGGGUACCCACUGUGGAGGCUUAAGACACCUGAAGAACAUGAAUUGGAGACUGGGAUCAAAUCAAAAGAAGCUCGAAAGUACAUUUUUAAUUGUUUAGAUGAUAUGGCUCAGGUGAACAUGUCCACAGACUUAGAGGGAACAGAUAUGUUGGCAGAGAAGGCAGAUCGAAGAGAAUACAUAGAUCUGUUAAAAAAAAUGCUAACAAUUGAUGCGGAUAAGAGAAUUACUCCUCUGAAAACUCUUAACCAUCAGUUUGUGACAAUGACUCACCUUCUGGAUUUUCCACAUAGCAAUCAUGUUAAGUCUUGUUUUCAGAACAUGGAGAUCUGCAAACGGAGGGUUCACAUGUAUGAUACAGUGAGUCAGAUCAAGAGUCCCUUCACCACGCAUGUUGCCCCAAAUACAAGCACAAAUCUAACCAUGAGCUUCAGCAACCAACUCAAUACAGUGCACAAUCAGGCCAGUGUUCUAGCUUCCAGUUCUACUGCAGCAGCUGCUACUCUUUCUCUGGCUAAUUCAGAUGUCUCACUGCUAAACUACCAGUCGGCUUUGUACCCAUCAUCUGCAGCACCAGUUCCUGGAGUUGCCCAGCAGGGUGUUUCCUUGCAGCCUGGAACCACCCAGAUUUGCACUCAGACAGAUCCAUUCCAACAAACAUUUAUAGUAUGUCCACCUGCUUUUCAAACUGGACUACAAGCAACAACAAAGCAUUCUGGAUUCCCUGUGAGGAUGGAUAAUGCUGUGCCAAUUGUACCCCAGGCACCAGCUGCUCAGCCACUACAGAUACAGUCGGGAGUUCUUACACAGGGAAGCUGUACACCACUAAUGGUAGCAACUCUCCACCCUCAAGUAGCCACCAUCACACCGCAGUAUGCGGUGCCCUUUACUCUGAGCUGCGCAGCCGGCCGGCCGGCGCUGGUUGAACAGACUGCCGCUGUACUGCAGGCUUGGCCUGGAGGAACCCAACAAAUUCUCCUGCCUUCAACUUGGCAACAGUUGCCUGGGGUAGCUCUACACAACUCAGUCCAGCCCACUGCAGUGAUUCCAGAGGCCAUGGGCAGUGGCCAGCAGCUCACAGACUGGAGGAACGCCCACUCUCAUGGCAACCAGUACAGCACUAUUAUGCAGCAGCCAUCCUUGCUGACUAACCAUGUGACAUUGGCCACUGCUCAGCCCCUUAAUGUUGGCGUUGCCCAUGUUGUCAGACAACAAUCCAGUUCCCUCCCUUCAAAGAAGAAUAAACAGUCUGCUCCAGUCUCUUCUAAGUCCUCUCUGGAUGUUCUGCCUUCUCAAGUCUAUUCUCUGGUUGGGAGCAGCCCCCUUCGUACCACAUCUUCUUAUAAUUCCCUAGUCCCUGUACAAGAUCAGCAUCAGCCAAUCAUCAUUCCAGAUACUCCCAGCCCUCCUGUGAGUGUCAUCACUAUCCGCAGUGACACUGAUGAGGAAGAGGACAACAAAUAUAAGCCCAAUAGCUCUGGCCUGAAGGCAAGGUCUAAUGUCAUCAGUUAUGUCACUGUCAAUGAUUCUCCAGACUCUGACUCUUCCUUGAGCAGCCCAUAUUCCACUGAUACCCUGAGUGCUCUCCGGGGCAAUAGUGGACCCCUUCCGGAGGGUCCCGGCAGAGUCGUGGGGGAUGGCACUGGCACCCGCACCAUCAUUGUACCUCCACUGAAAACUCAGCUUGGUGACUGCACUGUAGCAACCCAGGCCUCAGGUCUCCUGAGCAGUAAGACCAAGCCAGUGGCUUCAGUGAGUGGGCAGUCGUCUGGAUGCUGUAUCACCCCCACAGGAUAUCGAGCUCAGCGCGGGGGCACCAGCGCAGCACAGCCACUCAACCUUAGCCAGAACCAGCAAUCAUCAUCAGCUCCAACCUCGCAGGAGAGAAGCAGCAACCCUGCCCCCCGCAGGCAGCAGGCGUUUGUGGCCCCGCUCUCCCAAGCCCCUUACGCCUUCCAGCAUGGCAGCCCACUACAUUCGACUGGGCACCCACACCUGGCCCCAGCCCCUGCUCACCUGCCAAGCCAACCUCACCUGUAUACGUAUGCUGCCCCCACUUCUGCUGCUGCAUUGGGCUCCACCAGCUCCAUUGCUCAUCUCUUCUCCCCGCAGGGCUCCUCAAGGCAUGCUGCAGCAUAUACCACCCACCCUAGCACUCUGGUGCACCAGGUCCCUGUCAGUGUUGGGCCCAGUCUCCUCACUUCUGCCAGCGUGGCCCCUGCUCAGUACCAACACCAAUUUGCCACCCAGUCUUACAUUGGGUCUUCCCGAGGCUCAACCAUUUACACUGGAUACCCACUGAGCCCUACCAAGAUCAGCCAGUAUUCUUACUUGUAGUUGGUGAGUAUGAGGGAGGAGGGGUCAGAGUUCUUAAUGGGCUGUGAUGAGCUCCUCCCUCACCCUCUCCUGAAACUCCUUAGCCAGCAACUUGCUCUGCAGGGGCCCACUGAAGCAGAAGGCUUUUCUCUGGGGAACCUGUCUCAGUUUUGACUGCAUUGUUGUAGUCUCCCAAAGUCUGCCCUAUUUUUUAAUUCUUUAUUUUUGUGACAGCAUUUUUGGUAUUUGGAAGAGUUCAGAUGCCCAUCAUCUGCAGUUACCAAGGAAGAGAGAUCAUUCUGAAGUUAACCUUUGAAAAAUAUUUUCUCUCUCUGACUUGAUUUCUAUAAAUGCUUUUAAAAACAAGUGAAGUUCCUCUUUAUUUAACUUUAUUUUAUUGUAAUUGCUGGUCAGAGGAAAAAUGCUGAUAGAAGGACUUGAAAUCUGAUAACAA